CGACAAUUUGCAUCUGCAUGAAAUGCUUUGUACAAACAUCCAUCUCUCAACUUUAUCGUUACGUACUCUUCACUGCCGGCAGUUGCCGAAGUUCUUCAUGCGGCCAACUGUGCAGCUGAAGGUGCGGCUGAAGCGCAGCCGAAAAUGUCAACCAAUAAGUCAGCUCCUAGCCUUGCCUGUUGCCUCGUGGCGUAGCUGAACGACUUGGUUGCCCGUCAAUUCAAUGACACGGCCUCUACAAUUGCCCUAAAUGGUCAAUGUGGCUGGCUUCUCAUGCUCAAAGGGUGUCCCAGUCGAAUUGGGUCAUGAAGGUCGACGUCGACCACCAUGCGCUCGACAUCUGUAAAGACAUCAACUUGUUCUCUCCUAACCUCGCGUACUUCUCUGGACUGCUAACAAACUAAUCAUUCUACCUUCAUUGGCUUUACCUGCAAUCUGGGUAUACUUGUGCAAUAUGGGAGAAGCCCCCAAGAGAAAUCGCCUUGUGCUCUGUUUCGAUGGCACAAGCAACAGAUUCCAGGCCAACAGUGCCGACACGAAUAUCGUCAAAAUCUACGAAAUGCUAGACCGCGAAACUGAUGAUCAGUAUCACUACUACCAGCCUGGAAUCGGCACAUACGAUGCCGGCGGGCCCAUCACCAACACGAGGUACUGGAGUGCAUUCUCCAAGGCCUGGUCGGGGCUCAAAGCGAAAUUGGACGAAGGUUUCGCGUUCUCCUUCGCCGAGCAUGUCAUGGCUGGCUACAAAUUCCUCAUGAGAUAUUACGCCAACGGCGACGACAUAUACAUCUUCGGCUUCAGUCGAGGUGCAUAUACCGCACGCGUAUUAGCGGAGAUGAUCCACGACAUCGGACUCUUGUCCCGGGGCAACGAAGAGCAUGUGUCUUUCGCGUGGUACAAAUGGAGCGAUUAUUGUCGUGCGGGUUACCUCGACAAAGACUGGCAGUAUAUCCAAGACUACAAGAAGACCUUCUGCCGGAAGGAUGUCAAAGUCCAUUUCCUUGGCCUCUUCGACUGUGUCAACAGCGUCGCCAAUCUCGAGGUCCCCCUGUUCCGCCGUAUCUCUCCAUACAUACGGUGUCCGCCGGCCUCACAUAUCCGACAUGCCGUGUCGAUCCACGAACGUCGGGCAAAAUUCAAGCCGACAUUGUUCUUGUUGGCCAAACAAUCCCACGAAGAGAAAGAGGAGCCAGUCGACCUUCAAGAACGCUGGUUCGCAGGCAAUCACGGCGAUGUUGGCGGAGGAUGGCCAAACGCGCCAGAUGCCUACGCAUUGUCGGAAAUCGCGUUGAAGUGGAUGGUCGACGAGGUGCGAGAGGUCGACAAGCGAAAGGUCGAGCAUUCGCCGCAGAAAAACCCUCUAGCCUGGCACCAGGAAGACCCUGAGGACUCUGACAAGGGGCUCGAUGGGCUCGAGAGACGAGUACGUCAAAUCAACGAUGGUCUCGAAUCGGGCAAAGCGAAAGCGAAGCAUCUCGGCUUGAUCAAGCAUGACCUCCUUGUCCGAGGCGGUGGGUCGACUUGGCUUGGUCGUCGCUUCUGGUGGCUCCUAGAACUCCUUCCACUGUCGCACUUCGAGCUGGAUGGAGGAAACUGGGUGCAGCCUUGGUCACCCAACCUAGGUGGUCUUCGUGACAUCCUUCACGGUGUCACAAUCGACCCGUCCAUCGACCGAUUGGUGCAUGCUGGUGUUCUGUCAGAGCACGAAAGACCAUUCUUCGGCGACAAACCCUACCGAGGGUAUCCCUAUCGAGGAUUUUGGAAUUUGUGGGGUCUCAUAGGAAGAAAAAAGCCCAAGACGGAGCAAUCUACCGUGCAUGGCGAUACUAGGGCUUAGUAGAGGCAACAAUCACGAGUCAAUG